CGCACUACCGUCUGAAGAAUCCCCAGCAUAUGCAUCUCCCUCUGAUAACCCACGUGUCCAUAUAUCAUUCGCUGGUGCAAAUGGGGGAGAGAGAGAGAGCGAAGAGGGGGGGUUCGAUUAGCAUCUGAGUUCAUCACCGCCAAGAGAUCACUCAGGAAUCUUUUUAUGAUGAUGGAUAAAAGACUGUGUUGGAGGGGAAUUCUUUUUUUGGGCAUGAUCUUAAUGUUUUCGGGGUUCAUUAUUUGUAUCUGAAUCUUAUCUAAUAAGAUGAGAGCAUUUGUGAGUUCGGGUUUACAAAUGGCAGCAUUAAGACCCUGCAUUUGUUCUUCACAAAGGUUGUUGGCGUCAAAAUCAGCAGUCUCUUUGUUGGAUUCUAAAAUAACCAGCAGAAGAAAAUUCAAAAGUUUGUGUAGUAUGCCAAUUGUUCAGUCUCCUCUCCAAAGAUCUACUUCUCAGAAGUUUAAUAAGGUUGCUACAAGCGCCAUGUCAAGUGAAAGUGACAAAGGGGAUGCAGCAGGUUUGGCUAUUGAUUUAAGAGGUAAAAGAGCAUUUAUUGCGGGAGUUGCUGAUGACAAUGGGUAUGGUUGGGCAAUUGCAAAGGCUCUUGCUGCUGCAGGUGCUGAAAUUCUUGUUGGUACAUGGGUUCCUGCAUUGAACAUUUUUGAGACCAGCUUACGACGUGGGAAAUUCGAUAAAUCACGCGUGUUACCAAAUGGAUCUCUGAUGGAAAUUACUAAAGUAUAUCCUCUAGAUGCUGUUUAUGAUACUCUUGAGGAUGUUCCAGAAGAUGUUAAAUCAAAUAAACGUUAUGCUGGAGCUUCCAAUUGGACUGUAAAGGAAGUAGCUGAGACUGUGGAAAACGACUUUGGAAGCAUCGACAUCCUUGUGCAUUCUCUUGCCAAUGGACCUGAGGUGACUAAACCUCUUUUGGAAACGUCCCGAAAAGGUUACCUUGCUGCGAUUUCUGCAUCAAGCUAUUCUUUUGUCUCUUUACUUCAAAAUUUUCUUCCAAUAAUGAAUCCAGGGGGUUCUUCAGUUUCCUUAACAUACAUUGCGUCUGAAAGGAUCAUUCCUGGAUAUGGUGGAGGCAUGAGUUCAGCAAAAGCAGCGCUGGAGAGUGAUACUAGGGUGCUCGCUUUUGAAGCUGGAAGGAAGAAUAAGAUUAGAGUCAAUACAAUAUCUGCAGGUCCGUUGGGAAGUCGAGCUGCGAAAGCCAUCGGCUUCAUUGAGAAGAUGAUUGAAUAUUCUUACACAAAUGCACCAUUGCAGAAAGAACUACUUGCUGAUGAGGUGGGAAAUGCCGCAGCUUUCUUGGUGUCACCAUUGGCUUCAGCAGUGACAGGUUCAGUUAUAUAUGUGGAUAAUGGGCUCAACACGAUGGGUCUCGCACUUGAUAGUGCAGCAAUUUCCACAUGAACGGCAGAGGGUUGUCGAUGUGCUCUAGUUCUCUCUUUGAUCAGAGUGAUCCGAGUCUGUUCUUUUGUUUAGAUAGCGACACUGACCCAGUCUCGCCUACUCGAGAGAGUUCUCAUGCAUUCAGAAAUGGUAUUUCCAUGCACACUCCUGACGUAGGUGUAUUCGAAAAAUCUUCAGUAGUUGCUUGUCAGGAGAGACUUAUUAGAGGCUCGGAUGAGGAUGGAUGAAUGCUCAUGCGAUAGUGGUAUUUUUUUUUCCAACGAAUUCAGUCAAAUAUUCUCCGUUCGCGCUUUAGAGAGACUGAGAAUGGUGGAGUACUUCAUUAUUCCAGUUACAUUUGACUUAGUGUACGAUGAGGAGAUGAUAUUUGAGUUGUGAGAUGCUUGUUUCAUGGUGGAAAUCGACUGGUUUUUCUACUAAGAAUUAGAUUUUCUUAA